ACCCUCUUGCAUGCACAGUCAAACAACACAAACACACACACACACACACACAUUCACACACAGUCAAGUUAAUGAUCAACGACAAAGCAAAGACACGAGAGAGUGAGACGACAAGAAGCAGAAGAAGGAGAAGAAGGUCUUGACAGGAGGCAGCAGAAGCGCGAGAUCCUGCUUGUUACUCGUCUUCUUCUUGGUGGCGACCUGCAAUAUGAACGUGGCCGCCAUGUUGGAGCAGCUGGCGGCCGCCAUCGAUGACGGAUGCCAAGUUUCACCGUGUGUGCAAGCUUCGACCCAUCAAGUUUCCCCGCAUCGGUCAGCUCACGUCCAAGCCGAGGAGGUCACUCACCUGCUGGACGACCACGUGAGCUGGGACAGACGAAUGGCGUCGGCUUGCAGAGCGCGUGAAACACUCCGAGCCCACAGCGUCGUCAUCCUGCACGCCAAAGUUGCUCAGAAGUCGUACGGUAACGAGAAGAGGUUCUUCUGUCCUCCUCCCUGUGUUUACGCCAACAUGCCGAGGCCGACGCGUGACCUCCUAAAAGCUGAAGGCCUUGCUUUGAACGAGGGGAUGGACAGCGUGCAUGGCUACAUGUGCGUGGACAGUGCCACGCUGACUCGGAGUGACACCCACAAGCUCAACUUUGAAACACUCCCCAACAAGACUGAGAUGUUGGCAUGCGCCAAGUCUCUGUUCAUCUCAGACCAGGACAAAAGGAAACACUUUCGUCUCAAACUCGGGCUCUUCCUGGAAGUGGACUCGGUCCGACAGGAAGUAGGCUCCUUCCACAGCCGCCCAAUCAAAGUCAUCUCCAAACCGUCGCAGAAGAGACAAAGCAUGAAGAAUGCAGACCUGUGCAUCUCUGCGGGUUCCCGUGUGGCGUUGUUCAACCGCCUGCGCUCUCAGACUGUCAGUACUCGCUACCUGAAUGUGGAGGGCGGGUCCUUUGUCGCCAGCACCCGACAGUGGACUGCCUUCAUCAUCACGCUCGUGGAGGAGCAGCACGCUGAGCAUCAAGGUGACUUUGUGCUGAGUGAAGGAUUCGUCUGUUACGGUUCUGUGGUCCAACUUGUGUGCACCGAGUCUGGACUCACUCUGCCCCCCAUGGUAAUCCGCAAGGUGAACAAGCAGCACGCCGUCUUGUCGGUGGACGAGCCCGUGUCGCAGCUACACAAAUGUGCCCUGGAGAUGCGCCACGUGCCGCCGGCCUACCUGGCCGUUGCCGACGACACCGUGGUGCUACACCAGGCCAUGCCCGAAGCAACACAGCCGGGCCGCGUGUCGCUGAACGAUGGCUCGUGCUGGACCAUCAUCGGCGUAGAGGUGGAGGAAUUCGCCUUCUGCCAGGCGGACGGCGCCUGCAUCCGGAUGCCCAUCACGCCUUUUCCUGACGUCAGUGGGCUGGAACUCAGCGGCGGCGGCUACGCAGCUACGUUGGAACUGCGCGGCGAAAACCUGGGGCCUCACCUAAAAGUCUGCUUUGGCUGCUGCAAGGCCGAGACCGUAUUCAAGUCCACCAAAUGCCUAGUUUGCACGGUUCCCGAUGUGUGCGCGUUGCAGUGCGGUUGCUACGGCGACGACAGCCGUCACGAAGGUGGUGGCACGGUGACAGUGCCGAUCUCCCUGCGGCGCCCGUGCGAUGGCCUCGACUACCGCACAACCUUCAGCUUCACGUACACGCCUGAGCAGCCGUGCCCCCUAACACCCCCAGCGGCAGGCGCCCUCAGGACAGCAGCAGCUGUGCACCGCGAUGACGCCAUGUUGGACAGCAUACACCACGAGUUUGCCAGGACCAACUUCCAACUCUUCACUUGAAGUCCUAACCCGGCUUUUGUUUGACACCCUAUUUUGAAAGCCUCAAAUUGGCAUGAAAACCUCAACUUGAAACUGCUCGUGUGGUUUGGGAAGCCCCACUCUGAAAUCCUCCUCUUCUAUUCUCACCUUUGUUGAAACAUCCUAAUUUGUGAACGUGAAGGUGUAACUUCAGAUUUGAAUCUACACUUUGACCAAAACUCUUAUGUUGCUUUCAAGUCCAACCGUGGCUUGCUUGCUUCAUGAGUGACCAUCACAAAUAAAAGCACCAAAUGCCAUCCAUUUUUGUCUGGUGUGUGUGCGUGCGUGUGCGAGCGCGAGUGAUGAGCAAGGAACAGAGAUGAGUGAUGGUUUUGAACAAGUUCCUUAUUUGUGCUUACUUGGAUGACAAUGAUGCCAAUGAUGACGAACAAAAGAAGCAAAACGACAAGAGUCAAAAAGGUCAUCGCCAGAUCUUUUCCCAAUCCACUUUGGCUCCUGCUUUGCCUCGUUUCGAACGCCAAAGGUGCAGCCCUGAUUUCCAACAGGUGUUGUGCCAGAUUUGGUUCCCCGUGAGGAUUUGUUUCCCCUGCCGCGGGAGCGCGCACGUCUUGUUUGGAAAGCGAAAAACCGAUGCUGUACGGCGUCAGCACUAUGUUGUUUUCAAUAGAAACAUGAAGGACACACGUUUGCGUGAGUCAAUUUUAAUUUUUAGGAAGGAUUUAUUUCAUUUUAUUUCUUUAAGUUCAUUCGCGUUCUGCGGUUGAAGCGAGGUGCGUUCAAAGACCAAUUGUACUGACGGAACACUCAAUCACUUCACCAAAAAGCAGUGAUAUAUAGUGGAGCCUCGGUUUUCGAACGUCCCGGUUCUCAAACAAAUCGGUAUUCGAACAAAAAAUUUGAGAUUCUUUUGCUUCGGAUGUCGGACGAAAUUCGGUUGUCGAACCUCGCAAGAUGAGCCGAGAGGACCUGCAUGCUAACUGAUUCCGUUCGAUAUUACGUUCUCGUUACUCUGAGGAUUGCAUCAACUCUAAUUAUGCCUCCAAAGGAAGCAAGUGGAAGCAGUAAAGCCAUCCUAAACCACAAAGACGAUCCUAAAGCAAUGCGACAGUGAUCGCCCGGCUUACUGCGGUUAAUUAAGCUCCCUGCGCACUGAUGUCCACUUAAAUGUAAUUAAUUAAAAAUAUUUUCUAAAUUUCAACGACGGCUCUGUCACAAUAAUGCAACCAGCGUGGUGCAGUUGCGCGGUCGGCGACGCGCUAUGGCUGCGUGUUCGGCGGUGCGGUGCAGUUGCGCGAUCGGACAAAAAUGAGCAAAUAAAAAAAUGCUUAAAAGGCGUUUUUAAUUUUGCUUGGAACGCAUUAAAAAAAAUCCAUUAUUUGUAAUGGGAAAACAUGAUUCGGAAUUCGAACGAUUCACUUCUCGAAGAGCCUCCUGGAACGGGUUGUGGUCGAAAACCGAGGCUCCACUGUAAUUACGUGAACUCUUCCCUCCCAGCAGACUGAAGGCACCGCAAGCAGCAGGUGAGUUUAAGGUCCCGCUUUUGACUUUACAUUCAAAGACACUGUUGGAUUUGGUCCACAAUUUAGGGUGCGCGCUAUCUGC